AUGCAAAUACCAAAGCCCUUUUUGGGCGCCAUAGGAGGCUCAUUUCUCCUCAUCCAGCUCUUGUUUCUCGGAAAUAUGAGCUACUUAUAUGGCAAUGUCUUCAAUGACUCGCAGCGGAUGAAGGCCUUCACAAUUCUUCUCGUCGACUACGACGACAGCAUCGUUGGGCAAUCGGUUAAAGCUGCCUAUUCCCAGCUAGAAAGCCCCAGCUUCCCUACUCUCAUUGAACAUUCAUCUACCGAUUAUCCGACUUCAAACGAUAUCCGUGAAUCUAUCUGCAAGGGUCACUACUGGGGAGCGAUCUACGUAAAUCCCAACGCCUCUUCACGUCUGUCAGCCGCAAUUGCCUCCCCAAAAGCUGCGCAAACAUACCAAAACACCGAGGCAUUGACUUACGUUUGGAACGGUGCCAAGUAUCCAUCCUACGCCCAAGUCAUCUCUUCGAGUCUCCAGAUCUUAGUCCAAGGGACUAGGAGUGCCUACAAUGCUUUGAAUGGAACUGCAGCAAUGUCAACAGCCAACACAACAGAUACAAACAUUGCUCACGUUUUAUUCGACCCAAUCGGCGCCGCAUCAAUCGACCUCAAGCCAACGAACCAGGGUGGUCGCUUCUACUAUAACACUGUCACGAUGGUGAUGGUCAUCUUGCCGCAAUUUUUCUUCGUUAUGGCUUUGAACGGCAUUUCGGCCGAAACCAAAAUUUUCGAAACCUUGUCCCUAAGACAGAACAUCGCACUUCGACUAGGCAUAUCCGUUUUCUUCACUUUCAUCACAUCGCUCUGCAUGAGCGGCUAUAUCUGGGCCUUCCGAGAAGAUUGGGCAACCACGCAUAGUCAGUUUCCAUUAACAUGGAUAAUCCUGUGGCUCGCUAUGCAUCUCCACUUCUUCAUUAUGGAUUCAGUCACAGCAGUGCUCCCGAUGAAGUUUAUGCCCUUUUUCGUCCUGACUUGGGUCAUCGUGAAUGUCUCAAGUACACUCAGUCCGUUCGAACUGUCCCCUGGGUUCUACCGCAUCGGAUAUGCUUUGCCCGCAUAUGAGCUCUACCAGGUCCUCAUCGAUAUCUGGACUCGUGGCUGUAACCCGACUCUCUAUCGGUCACUGCCUAUCUUGUUCUCUUGGUGGCUUAUCGGGAUUUUCGCCUUUUUAGCUGCAACGCGCAGGCGAGUGCUUUCACUUUCCAUCUCACUCGAGUCUAGGGGGGCAACUAUCUCUGACCCUGAGAAAGUCUGA